UUUGUGCAGUUCCUGGGGUCUUUCCAGGACUCCCAGACUCUCUAUAUUGCAAUGGAAUAUCUCGAGAAAGGCGAUCUCUCUAGGUACAUCAACACGCCCCUUCCACAAGAAACAGUCCAAAUUAUUUCGAGGCAGAUACUCCAGGGCCUCAAAGUAAUGCAUCAGGAGGGGAUAGCUCAUAGGGAUCUGAAGCCUGCGGUAUGAUCCUUACCACCAAACACCUCCCUUGAAAUUUUCGCUACGCAGAGCCCUAACGAAUGCUUAGAACAUAUUUGUUGUUUCUAUGUCCCCCCCGCGGGUCAAACUCGGGGAUUUCGGAAUAUCAAAACGGAUCCAGCCUCAAGAUACAACAACCCUUCACACUCAAGUGUCCACCCCUGUGUACGGCGCUCCCGAGGUUCUAGGUUUGGACUCGAAUAGCGAAACCUCGGACUAUACGAACUCUGUUGACUUUUGGUCACUCGGAUGUGUCAUAUAUGAAUUACUUGUCGGGGAAAGGCUAUUCAUGAAAUGGAUCCAAGUGUACCAUUACUUCCUCGGGAAAUUGCCAUUUCCUGAAGAUAAACUGAAAGGGUUAUCACCCCCUACAGACGAUGUCGGAAUCUCACUCAUAAAGUCCAUGCUCGCAAUACACCCCGGCGACCGUCCUACCGCAACGGAGGCACUGGGCCGUAAGUGGUUA